CUUUUCUGAUUACUGCAGAGAAAUGGCUGCCUUUAACUGCUCUUUUGAUGUAAUGGCUGAAAAAGGCGGAUGGCUUUGUCCUCUGGGGGAAAAGUGUAUCAAUCUGACCUCCGAUGCAAACGGCAGCCAUAUUGAACUGGAUGAUGCCUGUCUGUCGGAUGAAAGCUACCUGGAGAAGUAUUUAGGGCCUCGUCGGUCAUCUGUGUUCCUCCCUGUCUGCCUCACGUACCUGUUCAUUUUCCUGGUAGGUGUCAUGGGGAAUGUGCUGACAUGCACUGUCAUCGCACGCAACAAAGUCAUGUGGACGCCAACAAAUUACUACCUGUUCAGCCUGGCAGUGUCCGACCUGCUUGUGCUGCUGCUCGGUAUGCCAUUAGAGCUGUAUGAGCUGUGGCAGAACUACCCCUCCCUCCUGGGGAAGGGUGGCUGCUACUUUAAAACGUUCCUAUUUGAGACUGUUUGCCUGGCAUCUAUCCUGAACGUAACAGCGCUGAGCGUAGAGCGUUACAUCGCUGUGGUGCACCCACUACGGGCAAAAUAUGUUGUAACACGCACCCAUGCAAAGAAGGUCAUCCUUACGGUUUGGGGGGUGUCUGUGUUGUGUGCUUUACCAAACACAAGUCUACAUGGGAUCGACAUCCUUCAUACUCAAUUCACCGGUCCAGCUGGGAACAUAACAAGAGAGUUCCCCGACUCAGCAAUGUGUACUCUAGUGAAACCGCCCUGGAUGUACAACCUGACCAUCCAGGUGACCACCUUCCUAUUUUUCUUCCUGCCCAUGGUCACUAUCAGCGCUCUCUACACGCUCAUUGGGCUGCAGCUUAAGCGGGAGAAGAUGUGUCACACACUGGAGGCAAAGACAGGCUUUGGACAGGACAGCUUCUGUAACAUCCGGACACAGCAGCAGAAGGCCCGUCGCCGGCAGGUCACUAAAAUGUUGUUUGUUUUGGUGGUGGUUUUCGGGAUCUGCUGGGCCCCGUUUCACACUGACCGUCUCAUGUGGAGUUUCAUCGAUAACUGGACUGACAACCACCUGCACAUCUUUCAGUACGUACACAUCAUCUCCGGAGUGUUUUUCUACCUCAGUUCGGCCGUCAACCCUAUCCUGUACAACCUCAUGUCCACACGUUUUAGAGAAAUGUUCAAAGAGGUCAUGUGUCAUCGGCCCCACGACAUAAUUCCCAGAAAACACUCACUCAGUGUCACCCGUAUGACGCUCCGCAGCACCCUAAGUGACGCUCCGCUGAGCAGUGGAGCUGCUGUCGUUGAAGCCGUGGCAGAAGAUGGAGAAGUGAGGAUAAAAGGUGAAACUUCUUUUUCGUGUUAAAAACAACACAAGGGGGUGUGAAUGGGGAUGAAUUGUUGUGGAUGGCAUGCUAUUUUGUUCUGACCCACUGCAUCCAUCUGUCAUCCACUUUGAGGUGCAUUAGCUACCAAUUAGAAAAAACACAGUCUGAGUGGAAAAACAGAAAAGCCGGAGCCGUCAGGCUGCAGUGUUAGGACCCGAUCAUUUUGCAAAAGGUUAUGCUUUCUGCACUUUAUUUUGUCUUGUUGUUGUGUUGCAACCACAACAUCACCUUACCUAACCUUUAUUUUUGCUAAACUCACAGACGCUCAGUGAUGCAGAAACAGAAAGCUUA